AUGUCGGACGUUGAACAAUUUGCUUUUCAGGCUGAGAUCUCUCAGCUUAUGUCAAUUAUCAUCAACACUUUCUAUUCAAAUAAAGAGAUUUUCCUUCGUGAAUUGAUUUCUAAUGCUUCUGAUGCCUUGGAUAAGAUUCGUUACGAGUCCCUCACAGACCCUUCAAAGCUCGAGAGCUGUCGCGAUCUUUAUAUUCGGAUUAUCCCAGAUAAAGAAAACAAGGUUCUUGCACUCCGAGAUACUGGUAUCGGAAUGACAAAGGCUGAUCUUGUAAAUAAUCUUGGUACAAUUGCUCGUUCCGGCACAAAAGCAUUUAUGGAAGCUCUCCAAUCGGGUGCUGAUAUAUCUAUGAUUGGUCAAUUUGGUGUGGGUUUCUAUUCUGCCUACCUGGUCGCUGAUCGU